AUUACAUCUCGCAGCAGGCCAUCAUCAUCACAGAACCCAGCGCGAAGCCCCCAGCAAAUCCAGGAGCUGCCACUCCAACAGAUAAAGCAGCAUGGAUACCGGGCAGGUCAUUACUUCGUCCACGUCUCAUAUAACGUGGUUGGAGCGAUCGAUCUUCCUAGUGUUAGCUUAACGCCGCGCCGCUUGAACGUAACCCUUGACCGUCUCGAGGUGUAGGACCGACUAAGCACGAUCUGCGCACGCAUUCAAAUCUAUGAAGCGAGCCUGUUGGACUGCGAAACGGAACACUGUACUUGUCCAUCCAUGGCAGUCACACGCUCAGAAUGCCACCAAUGAAAAAUGCGAACGGAGCGCCGCCAGCGAGCAGCAGCGGCCCCAGCCCUGAAACGCAAGUGACAGGCAAUGGCUUUGCUGUGAACUCACAGCCGCCACAGCUGAUGGGAUCAUCAUCCGGCGCACCAUCAGGCGUACAACGGUGCUUUGGAGACGCUCAGCGGCGGCAGGAACACACCAUCCGGCAAGGUCAGCCAGCAGCUGCCUUUGACUUCGAUGCCGCUUUCGCACAGUGCACUCCACGCUCCAGGUCGUCGCAUCGAAAACCGCAACAGCAGCAGUCACCCGUGAGUGCUUACGGUCCCUCACCUAUCACUGGGUUUGUGCCCAUGCAGCCUGCGCAAGCUGGUCCGAGUUCCACCAAUGUCCCGACAUACGCACAUCCGGCACUGCACCCGGAGCACCCACUGCAGCUAAGCAGCUUUCCGACAAAUGUGUUGUACCAUCCAGGAGUCGCUCAGGAAGGAAUGUUGAUCGGAGGCGCUGAUCCCUCCGUAGACGCUAUGCUGCACCCAAGCGCCUACCACACGGCCGAAGGAGCCACUGCUACCCUCACGGAUGCCAAGAUCGUCCAAUCCCAGCAGCCAGGCGCACUGCAGCAUCCAACCCAGUCUGCAACAUCAAUACCCAGCUUCAAUGCCAGAAUAUUUGCGCCUUCUGCUACUGCUACGACUGCAGAAGGCUCAAGGAUCCCCACCGAAGCUCAUCAGGUCACGGAUGAAGGACGCGACGAUGAGGGUGACGCCGCAGAGGCAGGUGGAACUGGCGGUGCAAUUGCAAGAGGCACAGAUGGCAAGGAUAUGGAAGGCAAGGCAGCAUCGCAUUUUGUUCGACGGCUAUUCUCCAUGCUGGAGGAUGGAUCUUGGAACGAAAUCGUCAGGUGGUCGCUCAGUGGUACGAGCUUUGUUGUGGCCAAUAUGAACGACUUUACUAAGCACGUGCUACCACGUCACUUCCGGCACUCCAACUUUGCAUCCUUUGUCCGUCAGCUCAAUAAGUACGACUUCCACAAGGUGAAGAAGGACCCGGCCAUGUUCGAGGCACUUUUCGGAAUGGCGCCAGGAUCGAGCAACGGCGACUGUAAUCAGAUGUGGGAAUUCAAGCACGAUUGCUUUGUGCGCGCAAGGCCAGAUUUGCUGGAUGAAGUCAAGCGCAAGAUCCCGACUGGUAAGAAGAGGAAGGAUGGAGAAGAUCACAUAUACUCAUCGGCGGUACCCCUGGGUGCUGAGGCAGCGGACAUGGCUGCAGAAGACUACGCGGCCUUGAAAGAGCAGGUGAAAAGUUUGACGAUAGUCCAAGAUCAGAUGACGAACCAUAUCAGCACCCUCACCAAGCAGUACCAAGGUGUGAUCUCCGAGAUGCUCACAUACCAACGCAACAUGUUUGAACAAGACCAGCUGAUGCAGAACCUCAUUCAAUACCUCGUCAAUACCGAGCAGGAUCGGAGUAGAACCAUCGAAGGGCCAUCGCCCAGUACGGGUCUGCUAUCCAAUGACUCGGGUCCAUUCCUUCAAUCGAACGAAGCUGCCAAGCUCAUCGGCUCAUACUCUGAGGUUGCCUCAGCUUCUUUUGCUCAAAUGAGUGAGAUCGCCGUUCGCGCCAGUCAAGGCCUUUUCGGCGUCUCUGCAGCCGGAUUACGAACAUCCCCGUCCACGACAGUGGUUGAUCGCCCAAUUUCGCACAAGGGUCAGACAUCGUCGUCCAAAACUAUCUCACCCGCAGCAAUGGCAACACCUGCGCCUACCAGCGUGGCCAAUCAGACUGGUGCUGGCGUUGACCGCAGUUUUGCAACGGUCGAGACAGGCACGCCCUCUUUUUUCUUGCACCCGCCUCAUUUUGACGAAGCACAUGCGGCCAGCAGCAGCAAUAUCAGCAGCUCCGUAUCCAACACGGAAGGCCCAUCUGCCCCGGCUAUUGUGACCGGGAGCUCAAAGGGAAUAUCGAUAUUCAACCCUACCUUCCUGGAUGAGAAUGCUGGGUUGAGAGUGUUUACCGUCGGCACGCUUCAAGCGCGACAAGACGCAGACAGUCUCAACAAAGGACAAGCGGGAGACUCUCCUACUGGAUCCAGUGAGCCAGGCGCCAAAACAGGUUCCUCGACGACCAAAGCAAAGGCCCUGUCCGAAUCUUCAUCUCCGAGCGAGGCUGGCGCGCUGCAAGUGCUUUCGAUCGACGAGUUGCCAUAUGGUAUGCCGAGAAUCGACAAGCGCUCAAAAGGAGGCUCGAGUCUGUUGGCGUCCGACGUAGAGGGUGGACCAAGUCCUGGUGACACUCCGGGGACCAGCGACAAAGUGCCGUCUGUUCUCCGCGUGCGCAGAUCAACUUACGUCCCCGGCUGGGCCGUGCCCCCCCGCGUGCUGCUGGUAGAUGAUGAUGCAGUCUGCCGCAAGCUCAGCUCGAAAUUCUUGCAAGUGUUUGGCUGCGCCAUUGACGUCGCGGUCGAUGGCGUCAAUGCGGUCAACAAGAUGAACCUCGAGAAAUAUGAUCUCGUCCUCAUGGACAUUAUCAUGCCGAACUUGGACGGUGUCUCGGCGACGUCCCUCAUUCGUCGAUUCGAUCCGCGCACGCCGAUCAUCUCGAUGACAUCUAACUCGCAACCGAGCGAACUGUUUACUUAUAUGAACCACGGCAUGAACGACAUCUUGCCCAAGCCCUUCACGAAACAGGGUCUAUUGAAUAUGCUUGAGAAACAUCUCAUUCAUCUCAAGACGGUACAACAGCUGGAUGAGAUCCCGAGAUCGCUCGGUCUUCCACCGGUUGAGAAUGGCGCUUUGCACAAGGCGCUUGCGACGACUGCCCAGUUAGCUGCCUCCUCCUUGAAUCAGGCUAUUCAACUCGGACCCCAACCAGAUCAACAGCAGCAGCAGCAGCAGCUCAAGGGGGACAGCACCUGCGAUGCUGGAGCGACGCUGGCACUGGGGAGCAUGUCGCGCCUCAGCUUUGCUUGUGCCCGCGAGCUUGACGCGAACCCACUCGUGUGUAUGGGAUUCUCGGACCAGGAGUACGUCUCUAUGCUACAGAAUCUCAUUGCAGCCGGAAGUCUGUCGGACUCAAAUCAGGGUGAUCUAUCGUCGACGGUAGCGGACGCGUUGGACGUGCUGCCAGGCGAGGGCACGGCGAUUAAUGCUCGUCGAGUUUCUCAAGCAAGUGAAAAGCAACAGCAUCGGCAGCAAGCACAACAACAGCAAGCACAACAACAGCAAGCACAACAACAGCAAGCACAACAGGGACAGAAACAGCAACAGCAACAGAAACGUCAAGCUCCUGAUAACAGCCCCAAAGGCAGCAAGAGCAGUAUCGCCGGUCAGGGAGAGAAGCGCGCAAGGUUUAUGGAGAUCGCUUGAUGUUGUUAUACCGAUCCGCACCGCGGGUUUUUGCACAUUCGAGCUAUGGCGCGGCCUUCCUAACACUUGGCUGAUCGGGCUGCUGGCCCCGCAUGCUUUGAAAAUAUGCUAGGUGCAAUCUUGACGCAUGCAAUGUCCCUUUCUAAUAAUUGUGUACUGGUACCAAGCGUGUAUAGUGCUAUGUUGAAUUUGGGAGAUGC